AUGAGUGAUGUGAACAGUUACAUGAAAGCAUUAUAUAACCACUAUGCCGAUUUACUUGAUGAAGCCAUACCAGCAAAUAUCACUCCAACUGUCGCUCCUCAAGCUCCCGAGGAGUCAUCAUCUUCUAAAAGACAGUCACAUAGUAGUUAUCCUGAUUACCUUUUUGAUUUAAAUGUUUGGGACAGGGUGCAACCUUUUUACACAGAACAACUUCUGGGAAAAAGUUUAAUGGCAGGAGAGGUUGAUGGAGGAUUAAGGUCAUAUCUGAGUAGAUUAGAGGCGAGGGCUAUUUUGGGAGGGGGUAAAAAGGGAAGAACAGGGGUGGGUGUGUGGUAUAGGUCUAGCGUUAGGGCUGGGAUGGUGGGAUUGGAUGAGGUAGUGAGAAGUGUGCCUAGCUCAAAGAAGAUUAUCAUAGCCGGGGAUUUCAAUGGGCACAUUGAGGUCUUAUCGGAGGGCUAUGAAGAUAUGCAUGGAGAUUUUUGUUUUAGUGAUAAAAAUGGUGAGGAAGCUGCUCUAUUGCAUUUUGUGAGGACCUUUGGGCUGGUGGUAGUUGAUUCGAGCUUUCCGAAGAAGAAGGAUCAUCUAAUUACCUUUCGAAACGUGAUAGACAAGACUCAGAUUGACUUUCUACUGCUUAGGAAGGAGGACUGGGUGUUAUGUAAGGAUUUUAAAGUCAUUUCGAGUGAGCAUCUUUUGACCCAGCACAGGCUUCUAGUAUUGGACUUGUCUAUCAAUAAGAGCAAGAAGAGAAGGGUCGAGGAGGGUCGAUCUAGAAUUAAGUAG